AUGCCUUCUGCCGGUACCCCAUCGGCUUCGAGCUCCAGUAGCGCUGCUGGCAUGCUUGCGCCAUUCGCGAACGAGCUCGACAAAAUCGCACCGUCCUUCAGCAUCAACGGCUCCCAGAUACAGAUCAUUAGGACGCCGGCCGAUUUCUACGAGACACUAAAGGAGCGGAUACGGAACGCGAAGAGGAGGAUAUUCUUGUCCACUCUGUACAUCGGAAAGACGGAGAAGGAGCUGAUUGCGACUUUGCAUGAAGCUUUGCGAAACAACCCUGAGCUGAAGCUCAGCAUCCUGACGGACGCCCUACGAGGCACUCGCGAGGAGCCGAACCCGUCAUGUGCAUCUCUGCUUGCGCCAUUGGUGUCGGAAUUCGGUGCCGACAGAGUUGAGAUCCGGAUGUACCACACACCCAACCUGACAGGCGUGAGAAAGAAGUACAUCCCCAAGCGGAUCAACGAAGGAUGGGGACUGCAGCAUAUGAAGCUGUAUGGGAUUGACGAUGAAAUCAUUCUCUCUGGAGCAAACCUCUCCUCCGACUACUUCACAAACCGGCAAGAUCGUUACCACCUCUUCUCUUCCAAAGAGGUCACCGACUACUUCUGGAACAUACACCAAGGCGUCUCGUCCUUUAGCUUCCUCGUCGAGCCUUCGAAAGAAGCUGCUGGGUUCACAUUGACUUGGCCCAAGUCUAAUCCCGCACCCUCGCCACUGAAAGAACCGAGGCAGUUCAUCGGCACCACCACGCCAACCCUGGAUGCCCUGAUUUCGCCCAAGCAACCUGCCUCGGCAGAUGCAGGCAAAGAUACCAAGGUGUAUAUUCUGGCUCAACUGUCUCAGCUCAUGAAGCCGGAUACCUCGACGGAGCUCCCAGCCAUUACUCACGUACUAUCGACGCUCGGCAAGCCUGAAUACAGCGGCUCAUCAUGGACCUUCACUGCGGGAUACUUCAACCCUGCACCGUCAUUAACCAAGCUGCUGCUCUCGACAGCAUCGCGGAACAACGUUGUUAUUACCGCCUCGCAACAGGCGAACGGAUUUUACCAGUCCCCCGGCGUAUCCGGACUCCUACCGGGCGCCUACACCCUCCUUGCGCGCCGUUUCGUCCGCGCUGUUCAUGAACGCAAGCUCGACGAUUCCAUCGUUCUGAAGGAGUGGCGUAAAGGAACAGUUGGUGAGCCCGGCGGAUGGACCUACCACGCCAAGGGUCUUUGGAUCACGCUGCCGGGAGAGCAGAACCCCUCAAUUAGCAUUGUGGGAAGCUCCAAUUACACGAAGCGCAGUUACUCCCAUGACCUUGAGGCUGGCGCCAUGAUCCUAACUAGAGACGAGAGCCUUAAGAAACGCCUGGGCGAGGAGCAGACCUGGCUCCAAGAACACGCUGAGCGUGUCACCCGCGAAGACUUCUCUAAUAACGAGAGACGUGUUGGUCUCCAAGUAAGGAUAGCUAUGUGGAUCGCCCAAGCGGUUGGUGGUGCCUUGUAA